UUGGCCAAAAACUAAAUCGAAUUCGCAAUGGAUCCCUCACAACAGCAACCACAGCAGCCAGGAGGAGGCAUGUCUCCCAACAUGGAUCCCACAGCAAUGGCAGCCCAGGCUGUAAUGGAGUCAUGUCCCGCAAAGGUGGUACUUAGUGGAGGAGCUGGUUUCGCACUCGGAGGGGCUUUUGGAAUGUUCAUGUCAUCGGUGGACUGGGGUAUGAAUACCGAAGAGUUCCAGAAAAUGUCGACGAAACAACAGAUUAAAGUGACCCUGAAAGAUAUGGGAAAUCGCUCCUUCUCUUCUGCGAAAAACUUUGCUGUGGUCGGUGCCGUAUUCGCGGGCACGGAAUGUUUGAUUGAAACCUAUCGGGCAAAGAACGACCUAUGGAAUGGCGUAUCGGCUGGAUGCAUCACUGGUGGAGUUUUGGCGGCGAAGGCGGGACCCAAGGCGGUUUUGGGGGGAUGCGUGGGGUUCGCUGCAUUCUCGGCGGCAAUUGAUUAUUGGAUGAGACAUAGUGACUAAGUGGAGAAGGGUGAACGGAGUCAGCUUUCAUUACGAGCGGGAACAUUAUUAUGUGGCCGUGGGAUGGCAGAUGUUCAAAGUACAGCAGCACCGCCAAAACAAGCUGGCCGAACGUAGAGUUGUGGUGUGUGGAGUGCGUAAGAGGUUUUAUAGAGCAUCUAGAGCGCAGGAUUCACCAAUUUAGACAGCGAACUUGUGGAUAGGUUGACGGGAUCGGGAUAUUCGGCUGUUUUAUUAUUAUUUUUUCUGACAUGUCAAUUUUUUUAUUGUAAAUUAAUAUCAUUCAUUUGCAUCGUCCAAACUCC